AUUUCAUUUUCCUUCAAACCCACCGUUCCUCUAAUCCAAAACCUCUCUUGCCACUCCAGCUGUGGCUAUGGCUUCCCAUCUGUUUCCAACGCCUCGGACGACGCUAAGUCCGAAUCUAAUUCUAGCCUCUUCUUCUUCUUCUUCUUCGUCAUCGUCUUCGUCUUCUUCUCGUAGACUUUCUCUACGGACGAGUUUUCUGUCUCCUUCCGUUGGCGGCAGCGUCCUGGGCGGCUUUACAGGUCUGAAGAUCCGACCAGCCUCACUUAACCCCUCCUACUACUCAACCGACGGCGCCAAACGAGGCGUUGUCACAAUGGUUAUUCCUUUCUCAAGGGGAAGCGCCUGGGAGCAAACUCCACCAGAUUUAGCAUCAUACUUGUACAAGAAUCGAAUUGUGUACUUGGGCAUGUCUCUAGUUCCAUCCGUCACCGAACUGAUACUAGCAGAAUUUCUUUACCUUCAGUAUGAAGAUGAGGAAAAACCAAUUUACCUUUACGUUAAUUCCACAGGGACGACCAAGGGUGGGGAGAAGUUGGGCUAUGAGACAGAAGCUUUUGCAAUAUAUGAUGUUAUGAGGUAUGUUAAACCACCAAUUUUUACACUGUGUGUUGGGAAUGCAUGGGGAGAAGCAGCACUCCUUCUGGCUGCUGGUGCAAAGGGGAAUCGUUCUUCCUUACCCUCGUCAACAAUCAUGAUAAAGCAGCCAAUCGCCAGGUUUCAGGGCCAAGCAACUGAUGUAGAGCUUAUGAGGAAAGAAGUUAGAAAUGUGAAGGCUGAGUUGGUUAAACUCUACGCAAAACAUAUUGGAAAAUCUCCUGAGCAGAUUGAAGCAGACAUAAGGCGUCCAAAAUAUUUCACUCCCAGCGAGGCUGUUGAAUAUGGAAUUAUUGAUAAGGUUCUGUACAACGAGAGGGGCAGUGAAGACAGAGGAGUUGUGUCAGACCUCAAAAAGGCUCAACUUAUUUAAAUGAAUUGAAGUUCUUAUCGACCAUGUAGAAACAUAGGACAUUUGGUCCCCACAGAUCAGUGGCUAUGAGUAUUUUGAUGUCAGACGAAUGGCCCGUACUGGCAAAGGAUCUAUUUGAAGUUGGUCGAAAAUAACUGGAGCUCAGUGUUCACCGGCAAUUCAUCAAGGAGGCUAGUCCCUUUUGCUCAACAAAGAUAGCAUGCCUAUGUUUUUCAUGCUGUGUUUUGCUAUAGGUCGCACUGUUUGACAGAAAAGUGUAUUGAUAGUCAGUAGUCUAAGCGUGAUCUUCAAUCUGCAAGACAAAAUUUAAAAUUACUGAUUAAGUGUGUCUUCUUCCGAAUAGAAUUUACUACUUUUAGAUGCAUGGCUCUGUAAUGUCUGAGAGUUCUUGGUUAUUUAGUCUGAUGGAGUGAACCGGUUGAAAUCUCCAUCCAUUGUUGGACGCUGAUGCUUUCUGCAGUAGAAAACUUGACAAAUAUAUGUUUGAUCCUGCAUAUUGGUUUCA